AUGCCGUCUCAUGUGCCUCCCGUUUGCCGUAAUGAACUUCCAACUAAGACCCAGUGCCUUCUGGCUGUUUGCAAGAGUGAAACAAUGGGUGAGACUGUAGAUGACCCGUCUGCAAUAUGUCCAACUAACAGGGAAACUGCACCUCUUCUUCAUUACAAACGAAGGAGAGAUAUUGAUUUGAACUCAAUUGAUUCAACGGGUUCGGAAAAUUCACCCAAGAAAACCGAAGGUCCUUCUUCAUCUACCAUUACGACAGCAAGGUCGGCUAUGAAUUUGACAUGUGGAUUAUCAACAUUGGUGGAGUAUUCUUUAAUGAAAUCACUUGAAAUAAAAGAAAAACCCCGUCUUCCUCUCUCGACUUUUGCCCCCGCCAAUCUCAAUGCAACAGCGCCUCCCGAAUGCUUAGACUUCAUCCACAGUUUACAAGAGGAGAUUUAUAAGGUAUCCAUUGAGAGGGAAACAUUAAGGCUUGAAAUGUUGAGCAUCCGGUCGAUGGCUAAUGUUCUUCAAUCCAAAGUCGAGCAUCUGACAAAGGAGAAUGAGAAGCUGAAGCGGAAGGUUCAAGAUGCUUAG